AUGGGCUGUACGAGAAACCCAGUCGAGUGCGUGUGUACGACGCUUGAUGAUGUGGCUGAGGAAGUGGACGGGAUGGUGUCGCCUUUUCGUGACAGAAAACGAGACCCAGACGGAUCGCCCGAUGUGUCGCCCGAUAAGACGGAAGGAACGGAGGAGCUGCCGAUCCGGUCUCCGCGCAAGAAGAAAACCGUACAAGGAAGAGAAAUGGUCGCGUUCACCUGGGACUAUUCGUCUCCGCGACCGCUAUCCCCGAAGUCAAACAACCGUGACGAACUGCUACCGGAGAAAGGUGCUGUCGACGACGAGGAGGGCACUGGACGACUUGGAGGGAUUAUUGGACCGGUGGUGUCGGUGGCAGUUGCACCUCGUGUGGAGGGAGCGGGCGAAGCGAACCCCGCGACUCCUGGCGUGGUUGGCGUUCGCAUGAAGGCGGAAGGGCGACUGGGAUUUGUGAAUGCAAUGCGGGAGGCUCAAGUGAAGGCGUUCAACGAUUUUCUGCUUCAGGCGUGUACAGAACGGAUGAGCUUGCUGGAGCACAAGGAAUCGCAUUUGGCGGAGUGGGCGUCACGGUUCGAAGACAUCAUGAGGCGACAAGAACAAGCUCGACAAGAGGCGUUCCAACUGGCACUCAUCAACAUGGAGUCGUCGUUCCAACAGCAGGCGGCUUUGGUCCAGCGUGGAUACGCGAUACGACUCGAGGCGGAGCGGGAACGCAUGGGGAAGGAGGCCCGUCAAGAGGUGCUCAACUCGGGUCUCGUGGAGGACACUGUCCAGGGUCAAACGACGGACAUCGACGGUCAACUGGCUAGGGCCAGCCAGGCACAGAAAGACAGGACCAUCACUCUACUCGAAAGGGCCGACGCCGAGAAACAAACGGCGGCUCUUGUGGCCUGCCCCAGAUGCGAGGGAUUGAAGCUAGAAGUAUUAAAGCUUACAACGCGAGUCGUCUCCCAGAUCGAAGAAGAACGACGUCUGAAUGCCGUUGUCGACGCGCGCGACCUUCAGAUCUAG